AUCAUAUCACUAGCUCAGAGUGAGGAAACAGUAGGGUGACAGGGCGUGUGUGACGGGUGUGUGGCUGCGGGAACAGUAGGGCGUGUUCGAGAUGAGGAGUGGUGGCAUGGACUAGACUCUAGAGCGACAAACCCGCCGGAGACCUUGGGGAAGUAGUGGAAGAAGAGCUGUGGUGGGGAUCGUUGCUCGGCUGUGUUAUCAUCACCCCACCGGUGUUUAUCGAUCGUCCACGGAAGCGCCACACCAGUAACCUACAUCGUGAGCCCAACCAGCAGUGAAUGAAGGCGCCACAAAUUCCGAGGAGGUGAUAAUGUAGUUGUGAAUCGUGAAAAAUGUGUUUAAAGUAUCAACUCCGUCCAUGUAAGUGGCAUGAAGAACCGAGGGAGUGAGUGAAGUUGUCAGAAUCCGCCAGACGUCCGAAUUGUGUUAGUUGUAAAAUGAACGUGACUGGGAUUUGCUGAAGGGAAUUUGAUCUUGUUGUUCGGCUUUAACGUGCAAUAGGGAACAGAAAGGGAAGAACGAAUUACAAGGUUACAAGGUACAAGAGGACUUCAGACGAUCAGGAGACGUCAAGAUCAGAUCCUGCUGGCACAAUCCUACCUGGCUACUCUCCCUCCCCAAGUUAAGAGGAACUACGUGUUGCGUCAUUAUUGAAAAGCAGCAGAAACUUGACGGCGCAAGGAUGACGACCUACCAACCAAACACACAGCAGGUGCCCAGUAACCAAGUAUUGUUAGUUGUGCACCAGCCGACGCUGGGUCACAGACUGCCCCGUUUCUCCUCUACCCGCGCUUACCUGAACCGCGGCGCCCAGUUCAGCAAUGGGUGUCAGUGUUUCCUGCCACAAAUGUUAUUGCUGAUAGUUCUGGGCUCCUUGUUCACCUUCAUGGGACUCAGCAUCUUGGCCAUCCGGGGUGCUGGCAGGCGUGGUGAUGCUUAUGCUAGGAGGUGGGCUGCUGGGUGCUGGCCUGUACCUUAUCCACACUGCCAAGAAGCAGUUCAACAGUCUUCCUGCAAACCAUCCUGACCGCACCAAGUACGCCUGCCAAAACAUGGUUACUGAUGGCUGGACCUACCAGACCCCCACCAUGUACACCAUGCCGCCCAUGCAGCACCAUGUGAUGGGGCACCACUCAUCUUCCGGCGGCCAAGUCUUCAUCAUGCCAAACCCGGUUGGUGCGCAUGGCAGCCAGACGCAAUUCGUCACACCGCCGCAGCCAGGCCGCACGUCGCCUGGCGGUACUUACCGUCCUGAGAACGACCCGCCGCCCGCCUACAGUGAUGUGGUGCACAAUAUAUAGAGUGUUGAAUAGCGGCGAGUGCUUUAUAUUGGUUGUUCAAGACAAAACAGGUGAUCGUGACACGUCUUAGUGCUCCGGUGUUGUGAUAAACACGUUGUGUUGCUGUCUGAGCUCGUGUUGCCGGAAGCGUGACGACCCACGUGCCGCAGCGGUCGCCUUUGUCCAUUGUUGAUAUUGAUUCAUAUAUUUUUUUUAUAGAGAAAACUUAUUAACGUACACGACUAGCGUCUUGGUGUCUGGUGUAUGGUGUAUUGAAGGUAUCGCGGCACGCUGAGCUUGCUCGUAUUUUACUCGUACAUCACCCCGGAGCCGUGGGAAGGUUGUGUUGGCUGGGUAAUCACAUCCAGGCGUGGUGCGGGAGUAUGUAUCAUAAUAUUGUGUGUGCUUGUGUGUGGUAGCGGAAAUUGAUUAGCACGCACGGUGCGCCUUCUAACAGUCUUGCUCCAUGGUAUAUGGGCAUUAUAGUAUAUCAUUCACAGAAAUCUGAAUAACAAACGUUAUGCAAUUUAUAUAGCAUCAGUUAAUUAAUUAUACCACUGAUAUGUUUUUUUUUUCUUUUUUUCUUUUUUUUCCAUUUUCGUCGCCUGCACAUCAGUGGCGUGUCUCUUAGCCUUAUGUGGCCACAGGGUGAGCCGAGCUGCCUCGUCUUGCCGAGGAGGAAUUUAUAUCGCCGAUGCACAAGGAGGAAGCAAACUAAGCAUACAUUGCACAAAGCGCUAAUUGAACGUCCUGCACAAGGAAAAUGAAAAUGCUUCCUAUGCUUAUUAAAUGUUAAAGAUGAAUGUUACUUGAUUAUAUAAACUGAAGAUUCACA